GUGUGUAACUAACACUGUCUCCAUUCCACAGAAUCAACUAACUCUACAGUAAACCUGGCCAUGCAAGGCCAUCACUGCAGCUAGUCUCUGUCAUCAUUAAUAUCCAUAUCGCCUCAUUUGAAUCAAGGACUACUGGAAUUACUCGGUUUGCUGUCGUUUAUCGUCUGCUUUGACCUGCUUAACCACUAACGUCCUGAACAGGAUUUGCGGUCUGUCAAUGAGGAACUACAGGCUCAUCUUCUGCCACAACCUGAAGCAGCCAUAGAUGAACCAUUUGUUUCCUACUUGUGAGUGGAGCAGGAGAUAAAGUGAACUUCUGGGCAUUUCUACAACAAGACGGAGUGAAGCAGCCAGGCUGUGGAGGCGAUGAGGAAGAGCCUCAAUACUUCCCUCAGCGACUCCCUCGGCACGGCCAGAGUGUUCGGGAUCCCCCUGGAGGAGGUGCAGCACAGCGGCCAGCCGGGACAUGAGGUCCCCCUUCUGGUCAGGAGCAUCGUGGAGUACAUCGAAGAGCACGGAGGGCUGCACCUGGGUCUGUUUCUAGUGAAUGGGAACGCAGAGCGCGUGGAAUGGCUCAAGCAGCGCUACAACAGUGGUGUAGAAGUGAACCUGGAGAAGGAGGCCGACCUGGCGUCAGCCGUCAGUCUGCUUCGCCUCUUCCUGCAGGAGCUUCCCGAGCCUAUCAUCCCUGCAGGCUUACAGGCUCAAAUAAUGCAGAUCUAUCAAGACUACAGCAGUGAGGAAGAGCUGGGCAGAAACAUGAAGUACUUCCUUCUACAGCUGCCGCAGGUCAAUUACAGCUUGCUCCGCUUCCUGUGCCAGUUUCUGUCUGGUGUGGCGUCUCUUCAGGAGGAGAGCUGGAGCAUGGGAGCUCUCGCUGCUGUUUUCGGGCCAGACAUUUUCCAUUUAGAGACAGAUGUGGAGGAUCUGAGAGAGUUGGUCAGACGUAUUCUGGCAGAACUGCUGGAGAACCAGGAGGAGUUCUUUGACUCGGAGGAUGAAGACACCUCCAACACCAAUGACUACAGCUCCAUUAACGACCAGAUCACUGAGCUCCUGGAGGAAGAGAAGUUGGAGGCUUGUGAGGAGCUCCCACGGGACGGAGAGGACGGUCCUUCCUCCCUGUCCCCUAAACAUGCCCAUGUCGACCCCUCCUCCAGUUCGCACAUUUCUUCCAUCAGCAUUCUUCCAGGAUCUGCUGCUAUAAUCCAGAGGAGCAUCCGUGCUGCAGUGGAACAGCACUUGUUGGAUUUACAGACGUCUAUUGACAAGGAGCUCGGCAGCUAUGAGUGUCAAGCGUUGGACUCCAAACCCCUUCAGGGAAACAGCCCUCUUCAGAAGACACCGCGGUCUGAGGAGCAUGAAGAUGUGCGGUCUGAAUCUGAGACUCUCUCUGAGGUUACAGAGGAGGGCCUGCCAACAGAGAACAGCGAGGAAUCUCAAGGCUCUCAGCUCGGCAGUCCCGUCGCGGAAGAAAGUUCUGGGAUGGACCUUGACACGGAGACUCGCAUGGACACUGAGCAUCUCGGCACAGAAAGACUGGAGAACUACCCAGACGACGAGCAGAUGGACCAGGCUGAUGUUAUCCCCUGUGAGCCCGGAGACUGUGACCUGAACGCUAAUACUGAGUCCUCAGAGUCAGCCAGAAGCAUUCUCUCAGACAGCGAUCAAGAAGACCCUGUGCCGGUGUUCAUGUCAUGGCAAGAAGAGACCGAGUCAGGGGAGGCCCAAUUGUCUCCGCUGGCUGGCCGUUUGAUGCCCCCACCUCUUGAAGAAGAUCCUCAACCAUUACUGGCCCGGCGGUUUCUGGAAUUUGGCUACAGUCAGCGGUUCUUACAGCAGGACCACGAUGCCUCAUCCUCCACCAAAGCUUUGCCCUGUGGGAGGCCUCGCCGUGCUUCCCUCUCUUCCAAAGACAGUCUGAAGGGAGACCCCGUUUCCCAACAGUUCACCAAGAAACUCCAGAACCUCAAGAAGAAGAUCAAGCAGUUUGAGGAACAGUUUGAAAAAGAGAGAAACUACAAGCCGUCUCACGCUGAAAAGGCCGCUGAUCCGAAGGUGCUGAAGUGGAUGACCGACCUGACCAAAAUCCGCAAGCAGCUCAAAGCAGGACGACAGCAGCACCUCUUACCCAAAGGUUCCCUGAGGCACCAGGCUGUGCUUCAGUCAUACCGACGCCACUCGCCCUCUUCCUCCGUCCCGAACACACCCCAUUUUACUCUGUCACGCCCCCUCAAUGCCUCUAGACAGGCGCCCCACUUCUAUGCCAAACACAAGGCUGAGAGUGAGCUGACUCCACAGACGCGUCCACGCAGUAACACUCUGCCCAAGAGCUUUGGAUCCACGCUGGAUCAGUCGGCUCACGAGGACGCUGUGGAGAGCGAGGCACGGGGUCACCGGCCCACAAGAGAAGAGACGCUGGAGCUCAUUCUGCACUGCAUCCAAACCAAGAGAGCCGAGGACGGCUGGCCAGAGGACGUCCGAAAAAUGACAAAAGAGCAGCUUGCCGGUGAGAAAACAGUACUGCAGAAGAACCUUCUGUACUAUGAAGGAAUUUAUGGACGCCCAGUGACCCGAGAGGAGCGCUUGAUCGUGAAACCCUUGUAUGACAGAUAUCGUCUGGUCAAGCAGAUGCUCACCCGUGUCAGCAUCACCCCUAUCACAACUUCUCCCUCCAGCAAACGACGCAAUCAGAUGCUACAGCCCAUCAUCGAGGGCGAAACUGCCCACUUCUGCGGUGAGAUCGAAGAAGAGGAGGAGGAGGAGGAGGGCAGGGGCCAGCAGGAAAACACAGAGAUGCAGACUAGCGAGGGUUCGGAAAUCAUCAUGGACCCAGUAGCUCCGCCCACUCAGGAGAACAUCCUCAGCUCUGGGAAGAUCAGUUUUGAUCUGCGUCUGUCCAGUUCGAACGCCUCCUCGAUGCCCGAGCUCCUGGAGCAGCUGUGGAAGGCCAGAGCAGAGAAGAAGAAACUGAGGAGGACCAUCAGAGAGUUUGAAGAUGAAUUCUACCAACAGAAUGGCAGGAAUGCUCAGAAGGAAGACCGCGUGCCUAUGAUGGACGAAUACAAGGAGUACAAGCGCAUUAAAGCCAAACUGCGGCUUCUGGAGGUCCUCAUCAGCAAGCAGGAUUCAUCCAAGUCCAUCUAAAGCAUCUCAACAUCCUGACACUAGUCCAUCAGCGUCCACCUCAGCCACUGGACAAGAACAAGAAACACCUGUCGUCUAAAAGGAGUUACCAAGUUCCCUUGAGUUUGAUAUUCAGACUUUUGUCUUUCUUUUCCACGAGGUGUCUCAUACUGAGAAUCGUGCCGCGUUGCAUGAUCGCAGCAGUACUACAUGCAUUGCAUACAUGCAUAUAUACAGAAAUCAAGAACUGAACUCUUCCUCAGACCACACAGAUGGUCGUCAUAUUUCAACACCCACAUCACACUCCUCUUCGCCCUAAUUCAUGCUCUUAGAGGGUGUGCUUUGGGCUCUAUGUGUGUAUACGUGUACAGACUAAUCUAUUAUGUAUGUAGGCUUAAAUAUUUCAGUGUUUUUCUUGAUUUCAGUGUAUUGGCACCAUGAAUUAUCCAGUGCGAUAUUUUUUUUUGUACGUGUAUUUUUGCCCAUGAGCUUUCGGUUACAAAUCAGAGGACUCUUGUAUCAAGCUGGUGCUCUUUUUCUGUGUGUGUGUGUGUGUGUGUGUGUGUGUGUGUGUGUGUGUGUGUGUGUGUGUGUGUGUGUGUGUGUAAUGACACAUGGAUCAUCUGAUCGGACUGAAAAAUGCUACUCCAGCUGGACUGUCACAAACUCUUCCUGAUUCAUUUGUAAAUUACACAAAGCUGCAUGUCUGCAUUCACAUCUGACUGAUGAUGCAAUCAAAGUGAAUAUAUAUAUAUAUAUGCCAAACUGACACGUUAGAUCACAGUGGAACAUAGUAGAUCAUUUCUGACGCUAUAUUUUGUGUGUGAAUGUGUCCUCAUGGGUUUUGCUCAUCUCUAGGCUCUUGGUUUGCCGGUGUGCACACAGUCUGAUAAUGAUGUUAGUUAGAAGAACGUGAUAAUUAGUAGGCGUGUCACGAUAACAACUUUUUGUUGUGCAAUAUAUUGCCACAGAAAUAAUCGCGAUAAUCAAUCUUGUUGUUUAAAAGUCAGAUGUCAGUACGCACAAAGACACAGAUCCCUAAACAAGACCAAAUCUGCAGAUGAAACUUUUUUUUUUUUUUUGUAGAAGCAUGUUUUAAAUUCGAGUUAGCUCCUAACGACUACACCAUGUUAUGUACGAGAAUCUGCAAAAGUGGAUGUGUAAAAUAUGAAGACAAAAAGAAAAUAUAAUGGGCGAUAUAUUGCAUCACCAAAAUGACUCUGACUUCCUUUUUUCAGCAUAUCAUCUGAUCCGUCAUGGUCACUUUUUAUGGUCACAGUAUCGGCUGAACUCAUGAUAAAGUCUCACCGGAGAGAUAGCGAAGGAAGGACAGUUCUGCGGGUCGUGGGAAGUCAGAUUAAUGUGUUUGGUGGCCGAGAUGCUCAAGUGUUGUGAACGCACGGAAGUGAUGCAUUCAUGACAAAUGAAGGAGGUGAUGGAGAUUAUUUGCACAGCAUUCUGGGAAUGCAGUCUGUUAUGUUUGUUCUAGUUGUUUACUGAAGCACUACUUGCAUGUGAAUGUUAUCGGACGUGUUCUGGCCCAUCUAUCACUGUGUGGUGGUGUCCUUUUUUACGACCAUUAUUUUGUACUCUCGUUUUUUAUCGUCUCACUUUCUGCUGUUCAUCUUAUUGCCGUGGAUGUUCCUCUGUAUUAGUGAAGCCCCUGCUUUGUCCUGUUUUGUAUAAACUUGUCAGUGGUAGGUUUGCAUGGCAGAAAUGUGUAUUUCUAUUUUUGUGCCAUUUAAAAUAUAAAGCAAUAAAUAAGCAUCGGGGCCUAUAUAAGUGGAAUGAGAGCCCUCAUCUAUCCAGUAUGUGCAUUAUAAAUAAACAGCUUGUGAGAAUUA